UGAGUCAAGCUUCUACUUCGUAUCAGGAGGAGUCUUUGGAAUCAAAGAUCAACAGAAUCAGCGAGAUGGUGGGAGAUAAUUUAAGGAUCAUGAACGAUCGUUUGUGUUUGAUUGAAAAAGACAGGAAACAGAUUAAAGAACGUGUGACAAACCUAGAGAAACUACAAAGAGUUACUUCAUAUGAAACUCCAAACAAUGAGGUAACUUUUUUUUCGGAAAUUAAAAUUAAUGUUUAUCUAGUUCUUGAUUCAGUUUUGAGUUGUCAAGUAAUUUUGGAAGAUGUUAUACAUAUUUAGGCUUGCCUUCCUAAUUUUUGUUGUACUUGCACAGACUGACACAACUCCAUUUCAUGAGACGGCUUCCAGACAAGGUGAAGCCAAUGCAGAUCAAGCAGAUGAACAACUUAACAAUGAGGCAAGUAUAAUUUUGAAAACUGUUGGUAUUUAUAAAAUUAUGAAUUUGGUACGUGUUCAUAAUCCCAUUCCUGACAUCAGGAUACACGAGAGCCUAUGAAUGAGAUCACGAAAGAGACACCUGGUUCUCCAAUAGCUCAACAGAAUAUUGAGACUCCAGUCCUUACUCCAAUUCAGACGCAGCAGGAGACUCACGAGCUUAUGAAUGAGAUCAUUUCACCAAACAUUUCCGACACACAGCCAAAUACCCGAGCUCGCAGAAAUCUUUUAACAGAGCAAAAUAAGGAUGUAGAAAGCAGAGUUCAAAAUCCCUUUGAGAUCGGAGCAAAUGUGGAGAUUUCAUCACAAGAUGACAAUACUUGUCAUAAAUGGUAUCCAGGAAAUGUGUUGGCAACAUAUUUGGUUGAUGGGGUUGAGAUGGUGAAAGUUGAGUACUUCGUCCCGUCUCUGGACGAAAAGAAGAGGAAAAGGAGUGUUGAGACACGUGUAUCAAUUGACAGAAUACGUCCUCAACCACCACCUGAGAGAUCUGGAGCGAAGAAAAGUUAUGAGCUAAUGCAGGACGUGGAGGCGUUCGACAAUGGUGCCUGGUGCGCUGGAAAAGUUAAAGUCAUUUUGUUUGAUGGCUCGUGUUUUGUCUCUUUGAACAAUUCUAAAGAACAAAUUUACUUCCACCAUUCUGAGAUUCGAAAACCAAGAAAAUGGGUAGAUGGUGUUUGGGAGAUGACAAAAAAGGUAAAACAAAUGCCUUGGAUCACUUGAAUUGAAAAACAAUGUCAUUUGUUUAAUAUCUCGGUAUUGAUUUUCAGAAGGAAGAAGAGCAGACGCAGAGUGUGAAUCCAAGUGAAGGAGAUGGUGAUAAAAAGGUAUGAAAUAUUUAUACAUCAUACUAGGAAUUAAGAUAUAAAUGUAUCUGAAUUUUUGUCAUUCAAAAAGGGGAAGGGGAAGGCUGUCGCUUGUAAGAAAAAUGAAGCAGCUGGUCCAUCAGAAGAUGUUGUUGGGAAAAUGGCAAAAGAGGUAAUAAAAAUGAAUAAGAUCCACUUGAAUUGAAGUUCAGGUCAAUAGUUUGAUAUAUCGGUUUUGUUUCACAGAUGGAAGUAAAGCAGGGUAAGAGUGUGAAACCAAGUCAAGACGAUCAUGCAAAAAAGGUAUAAAAAAUAUUUUUACUUCAUAUUAGGAAGGCAUUCAAGUAUAAAGAUAAAAACGAUCCUGAAUUUUUGUCUUUAUUUUUAAUUAAAGGGG